GACGGAAGACGCUCCGGCUGCGCUGGAACAUUCGGCGGGAGUGCCAGAGCUGCGCCGGCCCGAGAGCUUCCUGUCGCUGCCUCCGAUGGGCGGAGCCGUGGCCGAAGCCCCGCCCCCUGACGAGCACGCAUCACUUCCUCCGGCCAGAGAGCUGCUGCUGCUGGACUCGUCCACCUCUCCUCCUCUUCCUCCUCCUCCUCCUCCUCCUCCCUCUCUGGAGGAGACGCCUGCAGACGCCAGCCUUGUUCGCUCUCCCCUCGGGCCGUUCACCGCACGCUUCUUCGACAGCAGCCAGCUGCUCAACGCCCGGAAGAAGCUGAGGAAGACGGCCUCGCUCGAGUCCAGCCAGUGGAGGAGAGCGAGCUCGCCGAUGGACGAGGUUCUGGCCAGCCUGAAGCGUGGAAGCUUCCACCUGCGGAAGGCCGAGCUGCGUGUUCUGGCGCCCGAUCCGGACGAGGACGACGACAACAACAUCCUAGCUCAGAUCCGUAAGGGAGUGCAGCUGCGUAAGGUGCGCAGACAGGAGCGCAGCUGCAGAGGAGUGACUGCGUCUGACCCGCUGACCCGCAGCAUCCACGAGGCCCUGCGCCGCAUCAAAGAGGCCUCACCCGAGUCUGAGUCCGAGUCUGAGGACGAGACGCCAGCCUGCGCCGACUGGGAGAGCUGAAGUGUGUGUGUGUGUGUGUGUGAGCGUGAGUGUGUGUGUGUGUGUGUGUGUGUGUGUGA